CCUUUUUCACAUCUUCAUAAUAACCAUAUCAAACCAACCCCAAGUUUUGCAUUUUCAAAAAAUAUCAUUUUUUACCUCUCAUAAAUUUAUCUUUUAAUUUUAUUUUUUAUUUUUUAUAACAUUAUGAAGUUUGGGAAGAGACUUAAGCAACAGAUUCAAGAUUCGCUGCCGGAAUGGAGGGACAAAUUUUUGUCGUACAAGGAAUUGAAGAAACUGUUGCGGCUUAUAUCGGCGGCACCAAAAAUUUUGCUAAAUGGGUCAAUUGGAUAUGGAAAAGAUGUGGCUGAGUUUAUGUAUUUGUUGAACAAUGAGAUUGAAAAGUUCAAUGGCUUCUUCGUCGAAAAAGAGGAGGAUUUCAUUAUUCGACACAAGGAAGUACAACAGAGAAUCAAGAGAGUAGUUGAUUUAUGGGGACCAAAUGGUAGUGAGCCUUCAGAAGUAGAUUAUAAAGAGGAAAUGGAAAAAAUUAGAAAAGCUAUUGUUGAUUUCCAUGGUGAAAUGGUUCUCUUAGUAAACUACAGCAACAUUAAUUAUACAGGGUUGGCUAAAAUUUUGAAGAAGUAUGACAAGAGAACAGGAGGUCUACUUCGUUUGCCAUUCAUUCAAAAAGUAUUGGAGCAACCCUUUUUCACAACCGAUCUAAUCUCAAAACUUGUGAAGGAAUGUGAAAGCAUAAUUGAUUCAGUGUUUCCAGCUGAAGAAGAAGCUGAAAGAGCAAAAGAAGAUAUAAUAGUAGCUGGUGAAGGAAUUUUUAAGAACACAGUUGCAGCAUUACUUACAAUGCAAGAAAUGAGAAAAGGUAGCUCUACACAGAGUCCCUUUUCUCUGCCUCCUCUCAAUUUGCCAGAUUCUGAUCUCAUCCAAUCAAUACAGCUUAAUGCUGCUGUUCCAAUUAUUUAGUUAUUCAAAUUGAUCAUGAUUACUAUAGGUAGAAAAAUUUGAUCAGAAAUUAGAUUGAUAUAAUGAGGUGUGACACAUUUUGGAGGACACAUAUCUUAAUUUACAUUCUCAAUUUGAUUAAGAAACAUGUCAAUUACUUGAGAUGAAAACGAGAGCCUUUUCAAGGAUGAAUAUUUAGUCAUUAAUUAUUUUGAUAAUUAAAUUAUAUUUGGUUUUA